CAGCCCAUGCUGUACCGGUCAGCAGAAUGCCUUAAAAUAAAGAAGCAGCACUAAAUAAGGACAUUCGUCGCGCUAAAUGUUGGAAUUAAUGCAAUGAAGAAAAUGGGGGACUUGGAAUCCGGUUUUGAGGAAAUGCAGGGUGUAAGGCUUGGGUAUUUGGUUAUCAAAGGCAAACAGAUGUUUGCCCUCUCUCAAGUCUUCACCGACCUCUUGAAAAAUAUUCCGCGGACUACUGUACACAAACGAAUGGACCAUUUAAACGUGACGAAGCAUCACUGUGAUCUGGAGGAACUUCGAAAGCUCAAAGCAAUAAAUUCUAUAGCUUUCCACGCAGCUAAAUGCACUCUGAUUUCAAGAGAGGACGUUGAGGCACUAUACUUUUCAUGUAAAACUGAGCGCGUAUUGAAAUCAAACAAAAGAAGGGAAAAGACAAAACAUGCCUCGGAAAAAAUGUGCGACGGUAAAAAUCACACAGCUGCCAAAAGUGACUUUUGGAGAGAGAAAGUUUGGUUGAGUUUGCAUGGCGUUCCACAGACUUUUUCAUUCAAAAAUAAAGCUGUUCGUCAGGACCCUGCCCCUCGCACUCACUCAAAUCUACCUCAAAUUUACAGUAAAUCCUUCGCCCGUGACUUUCAACCGGUCACGAAGUCGGCAUCUACAACCUUUAAAAACUAUGAAACAGAUCAAAUACCUGACAAUUAUGUAGCUUUUAACCAGAAACAUACGUUUUUUCGGCACGUUGUGAAUCGGCAACCGCUGAUCUAUCAGUCCGCCAUUGCAGCGCAGGCGAAGCACCAAGGCAACGCAGAUCUACUUUACAAAAGGAAGAGGAAGCGCGAGAGCUGCGCGAGGCAGUUUUGGUCGAGGAGCAAACGCAGCCAUCCGGUUUUGGUCGUCCCGAAGUGCUGUAAACCAAAAGUUCCCCACGGAUCUUUGAGCCAGUUUCAUCACAUCGAGCAUGGAUUAUACGUUGAUCCUCGGCAUUCUGGACAUUAUCAGGAAAGCUGUAGCAGCGAUACGGAAUCUAGCUCCAUUUCAGAACGGGUGAACAACGAUUCGGAUUUCGGGUCCAGUUUCUCUACCACCAGCAACUCCGGGACUUCAGAUGAGGAGGAGGAGGAGGAUGACUCCCUGUCGGACUCUUCGGAUGUCAGUAGCGACGAAGAGAGUUCCUCUCAGUCUGAUUCCAGCUCUGUAUCCAGUCAAGUUUCAGUACAGAGUAUUCGUUUCAGGCGUGCAAGGUUCUCAAGUCUCAACACUAAAGCACCUCUGCUCUUACAGCCAACUUUUCACUACAGGCCUAAUGUGCAGACCAUACCUACUAACCAAGGAGUAAAGACAAAUUUGGAUUGUGAAAGAGCAGGCAAAACACAAAAAUCGGACUUCACAUCCUCCAGGGACACACACAGGGAUGAUGAUACCGCAAACGUGCAGAAGUUUUGCCCGGUGCGGACCUGUUUCCCAGAUUUAAGAGAAAAUGAGGGCUCUGAAGCACCAUCUCGCCUUGAAUUUGAAUUUUUAAAUGAUCCAAAGACAACAGACUCUGUCGCUAACAAAAUUAAAGAUAAUGGGCUCACACCUAAUGCAAAUGGAAACAAGGCGUUUCCCCAACAACGAAUACCGGGUUCUGCAAACAAAUGCUCCCAAGCCUCCCACUGUGUUCAGGACAAAGAAAUAACGGUUUGUAAGUCUUCUGACAGCAAUCUUUCAUUAGCAGCAAAUUCCAGGAGGGAAGCAAAAACUUCCCUCAAACUGCCUUCACCUCUAAAACCUAUCAAAACAGAGGCCGAGGAGCUCAUCUCUACCUCAGGCUUUAACAAUGAGGGCAACCGGAAAGUAAAAACGCCACCAUUUUUACUCAACAACGUGAAGAUUAAAGUCGAGGACACCUUUGACGAAUAUGAAUAUGCAAAGUAUCCCCUGGAAUAUCAAUGUAAGGUUAACGACUCUGAUGGUCAGCGCAUCAGUUAUUAUUUUAAGGAAACGGACCGCUGCAACGCCACCGAGAGCUCUGUUCAAAAACACCCUCCCUGUUACGAGGAAUCAAGAAGCACUUUAAACACUCCUUGUUCCGAGGAAGGGGAAUGCAAAAAUGGGGCAAGGGUCAGAAAAAACUACAAGACAAUGCUUCUGGGUAAGAAAGCCGAGAGUGUGAGGACAUCCGCGAAAUCGGUUGCAAAAGUUGACCGGAGCCCCCGUUCUGCCGGAAAAUUCGCAAGCAACGAGGGAUCGAAUGAAGACUGUGCAGGCGCGAGCAAACGCAAACGAGCGAGCGCAAAUGUAGCAUCUCUGAAAAAGCCUUUCAGAUUCAUGGCGAACUUUCCCUGUCCGCCGUCUCUUGUUCUUGGCAGCGAUGGAGAUUUGAGUCCCGCUUACUCUUUGAACUCUUUAAGAAGUAACCAACUGCCGCAUCGUUCUCACCCAGUGUGGGGAUGGCAGCUCGGUCAUUCAGUUGUUCCUCCCCCUCCAAGCCACAAAUUCAGGAAAGCCUCUGUUAUCCCUUGAACUGUUGUUUUGAGCUCGGGGGAAAUGUCUUAAACAAGCACUGAUUCCCGCAUAAAUUGUUUUGUUUUCAUCGUUGCUUUUAAUGCAGGUCUCUGGCCUGUUGUUAUGAAGCGCACACGGUUCCUCAUAAAACACAGGCUGGUCUGUUCAUCGAGGUUUGGGACUCGGGAAUAUACGGAGGUAUUUAUAAUAAGCUGGGCUGGCAAAAACGUUUGAUUUCAAAAUAUUUCAAAAUGAUUGACAUUGUGGAGCGGUUUGUGACCUGAAGGACAAGACUCCAAUGGAGCAAAUGUUGGCUCAUUUUGCAGGCAGGGUUAAAACCAUCUCUCUUAAGGAUGGCGUUACAAUGAUUAUCAGGUCUGUCUCAACUAAAAUGCUGGUUUUGUUUUUAAAACAUCUGACUUUGUCGGUAUAUUUUGGGCCAUUUUUUUUGUAUUUUCCCUCUAUGCUUCAUUUACAUACUGUAUUUCUGGAUUACUGUUGGCCGAUGAUCCAUAUCCUUCAUAUUUAUUCAUUUUAAUGGUGCUCCCCAAUUGCUGGUUCCUGGUUGUGUUCACUCACACGCAGCACACCAUUACUCUCACGGUAGGCCCAACACAAUGGCCCACUAACUGACAAUCAAGAGCUGUUUGAUUUUGCACGAUGUAAUAGAGGGAAAACACCAAAUCGAUCUCCUUCUAUUGGACAUUCAUAGCUUAAGGUAUAGAACAUAAAGCACAAAUUUACCAUGCAUUGCACUUUGCUAAUGCCCAUUAAGGUGAAUUAGUGUUGUGUUUUUAUUGUUCGAUUUUCUUCCCCAAAAGAGCCAUCGCAAGUUAACCCAAAAACCAUUUUAAAAUCUCUAAUUAUUAAUGUGGUGCUAUUUUUCAAUAUGUUUGCUUUUAAUAGGAGAUUUUGUUGAUCGUUCUUAUUGUAAAUGGUGCCGAUAGCGACCUGCCUACCUGCAUACAUACAGCUGCAAACAAUAUCGUUUUACAUACGUGACGAAAUCAAAGAAAAAGACCUCGUCAGUGGAAUAUACACACAUUCUGGUCAGAGUAUACUAAAUGUUUUUUUUCUCUUUGACUCAAGUAGCCUUGUUCUUUUCUUUGAUUGUAUUUUACUUCAAUAGGCCUGUUUUCCAAGGAUAUGGAUUACCUUGGCACUCGAAAGUGUAACUUAAAAAAAAUAUUCAAGUGUUAACAUGGUGUUCAACUACUAGAGUACCCUGCCCCAUAUAAAUGCCUUGUGAUGAAUGUA